AUGGAAAAAUAUCAAAAGUCUGUUCUGAAUGUUACACUGCUAGAAACGGAAACCCAAGGUGAUUCUUUAUACGAAGUGUUAUCGUUACCAAAAACGGCUACUAGUGAGGAGAUCAAGAAGACUUACCGGCGUUUAGCACUUAAGUAUCAUCCAGAUAAGAAUCCCAAUAAUCCGGAAGCCGCGGAAAAAUUCAAAGAGGUGAACAGAGCUCAUUCUAUAUUAAACGAUACUACGAAACGAAAUAUAUACGAUAAUUACGGUUCGUUGGGUCUCUACAUCGCCGAACAGUUCGGAGAAGAAAAUGUCAAUGCCUACUUCGUCGUGACGUCUACAUGGUGUAAGGAGUUUGAAUAG